AGUAGACUUCAAAGUUUGUGAACUUCUUCCUCGUUGCUCGGUCUGUUUCAUCAGCCACGAGAUUCCACAUCAAGCCGACGGAAGAGUUUCUCUCUGGGGUUUCAGAAAGAUGGGAGACCCUGUCACCGAGUACACAGCCCGGCUACUGCGACAGGAACAGGAGAUCCGGAGUCUCUCUGCCGAGAUCGAGAGCCUGAAGAAGCCGCAGACCCUCGGUCCAUCCCAAGAAAUGGAUGAGCUGCGGGAUGAAAACACCAAGCUGAAGUACCGCGUCAACAUCCUCAAGAAGAGCCUGCUGCUGGAGGGGAGGACGGCCGACUGCAGCAAAUCCAUGACCAACAUCAACCACCGGCUGCAGGAGGUUUUCGGCGAGGCCAUCCGGGCCGCGUGCCCCGAGCUGGACGACCCCCCGGUGGCCGUCGCCGCCAACCAGCAGGCGAAGUUCGGAGACUACCAGUGCAACAGCGCCAUGGCGCUGGCUCAGAUGCUGAAGGCUCAGGGCGUGAAAACCAAUCCGAGGGAAAUAGCAGAGAAGAUCAUCCACAACCUUCCGGACAACGACCUCAUCCAGAAAACCGAAAUCGCCGGACCAGGGUUCAUCAACAUCCAUCUGAAGAGGUCGUUUGUGUCCAAACUGUUGAGCAAACUGCUGAUCAACGGCGUGCAGCCCCCCCCACUGGAGGCCAGGAAGCGGGUCGUGGUGGAUUUCUCUUCUCCCAACAUCGCCAAAGAGAUGCACGUGGGCCACCUGCGCUCCACCAUCAUCGGGGAAAGCAUGAGUCGGCUGUUUGAGUUUCUGGGCUACGACGUUGUCCGGUUGAACCACGUGGGAGACUGGGGGACCCAGUUCGGGAUGCUGAUCGCCCACCUGCAUGAUAAAUUCCCCGACUACCUGACGAGUUGUCCGCCCAUUGGUGACCUUCAGAGCUUCUACAAAGAGUCGAAGAAGCGUUUUGACGAAGAGGAGGACUUUAAGAAGCGAGCCUAUCAGUGUGUCGUCAGGCUGCAGAGCAAAGAGCCCGACUUCAUCAAAGCCUGGAACCUCAUCUGUGACGUGUCCAGGAGAGAGUUUCAGAAGGUUUACGACUGCCUGGACAUCAAGAUCGUCGAGAGAGGAGAGUCGUACUACCAGGACAUGAUGACGAAGGUGGUGAAGGAGUUCGAGGAGAGAGGCUUGUCGGAGCUGGACGAGGGUCGUUGGGUCGUCUUCGUCCCCGGUCAGCCCAUCCCCCUCACCAUCGUCAAGUCGGACGGCGGCUUCACCUACGACACGUCGGACCUCGCCGCGCUGCAUCAGCGACUCUUCGUUGAGAAGGCCGACAUGAUAAUCUACGUCACGGACAGCGGACAGGCCACGCACUUCCAGGUGGUGUUUGCUGCAGCUCAGAUGAUCGGCUGGUACGACCCCCAGGUGACCCGGGUGGAGCACGCGGGCUUUGGAGUGGUGCUGGGGGAAGACAAGAAGAAGUUUAAGACGCGUUCUGGAGAAACGGUGAGGCUGAUGGACCUGCUGGACGAGGGGCUGAAGAGGUCCAUGGACAAGCUGAAGGAGAAGGAGCGGGACAAGGUCCUGACCCCGGAGGAGCUGACCAAAGCCCAGCGCUCCGUCGCCUUCGGCUGCAUCAAGUACGCCGACCUGUCGCACAACCGCGUCAACGACUACGUCUUCUCCUUCGACAAGAUGCUGGACGACCGCGGCAACACGGCGGCGUACCUGCUCUACGCCUUCACGCGCAUCAGGUCCAUCGCCCGCCUGGCCAACAUCGACGAGGCCACGCUGAGGAGGGCCGCCGAGACCUCGGAGGUCCGGCUGGAGCACGAGAAGGAGUGGAAGCUGGGCAAGUGCAUCCUGCGCUUCCCCGAGGUCCUCCACAAGAUGCUGGACGACCUGCUGCUGCACUCGCUCAGCGACUUCCUGUACGAGCUCGCCACCACCUUCACGGAGUUCUACGACAGCUGCUACUGCGUGGAGAAGGACCGGCAGACGGGCGAGGUGGUGAAGGUCAACAUGUGGAGGAUGCUGCUCUGCGACGCCACGGCCUCCGUCAUGGCCAAGUGCUUUGACAUCCUGGGCAUCAACCCCGUCGGGAGGAUGUGAUGUCACGGCGGCGGGAGGGAGAAGCGGCGACGCCCUCAACGGUCUCGUGUCGCAGACCCCCAAAAAAACAACUCCCAGAACUUUUAGAAUGAAGGUCUGGUCUCCACCAGGAGACGGCCCUUAUGUUCAGUUCAAUAAUCAACAGUUCAUGUAAAGUUUUUUUAAUUUUAUUAAAGAACCGAUGUGAAGCCCAAACAAAUGA